AUGAAUCCUGAUGAGCUAAGUGUUAUCAACUUGUCUAGUGUUGUAUUGAGUGAUGAACAGAGAUGUGUGCUGUCCCUAGGUUUGAAUUUUGCACCCACAGGGCACUUUGACAUGUUUUCUACUUUGCUUGAUAUAAACAAGUUUGUACGCAAUCUAACAGUAUCCCGACACUUCUUUGAUAUCCCGUCCCCUCCAGGUUCCCCACAAAAUAAAUCACAACGUUAUAGGGAAAACUCGUAUAAAAACCUCUCAUUUAGAGAACAAGUUUCCUUGUGUUGUCUGGAGGAUCUUCAGGAAGAGCAGGGAAUCAGGGAUUUACCUGACCCCCCUGGAAAGUUUCAAACACGAAAUACCAAAUUCUAUCCAAUUAUGUCACGCACUGACAGUAUGGACACUUUCCAGGAGGUUCUGGAGAAAGAACUGAGAAAUAUUGAGAUAAUAAGCAAAAAUACAAAUCAUAAUAAUAAUCUCAGUGUUCCCCAGACCCAAGCUCUUCAGGAGCUACAACAAUGUGACUCUCUGGUUAUUAAAAUGGCGGAUAAGGGGGGGGGGGCGGUGGUCGUUAUGGACAAAGAAAUUUAUGGCAACCAAUUACGGGAGAUGCUGGCUGAUAUAUCCACAUACAGCAAGUUACCAAAGGACCCACUACAGGAUUAUAUGACCCGCGGCGUGUCAAUGGGAGCUAAAUUCUCCCCAUCAUUAGCUAAUUUGACAAUGUCAUACUGGGAGGAGAAAUAUAUUUAUGAUCUGAAUAAUCCUUUUAUGCCUGGUCUGGUCUGGUGUCCUGAGAUUCCUUAUCUUUCAUCCACUGCAUAUAGAGACAUUGACAUUGUUGAUAAGAAGAAUGGCAGCGUUUUAGAGAAGCGUGUGGAGGGGACAUCUGAACAAGUGAAAAAGAGGAGCAUUUUUACAGUGGAAACAAUAGAGAGAUCUUGCCAGCCUCACACACAUAUAUUCUUCCUGAAAACCCAUAAAACUGCCAGUAGUACCAUCGUGAAUAUUCUCUUCCGGUUUGGAGAAUCACGCAACUUAACGUUUGCACUACCAAUUCUUAACGACCCACAGUUCUUUUAUCCCUACUAUUUUAUGGGUUACUUUGUGGAAGGCUUCAUAACAAGAAUCAGUCCUAAUUAUGAUAUAAUGUGUCAUCACAUGCGGUUCCAGCUCACAGAGGUGGAAAAGGUCAUGCCCAAGGAUACUUUUUAUUUCACCAUAAUGCGGAAUCCUGUGUCUGUCAUGGAGUCAUCAUUUUCAUAUUAUAAAGCUUUAGAUAUCUUUGCCGAAGCUUAUAGCUUAGAAGAAUACUUGAAAAAUCCUCACAAAUAUUACAACCAAACAAGUAAAAGCAGUAGUUUUGGCAAAAACCUCAUAGCCUUUGAUCUUGGCCUUGACCACAAUGUACCUGAAUCCCAAAAAUACUUUGCGGUGGCUCAGAAAAGUAUAGAAAUUAUGUUCAACUUGGUCCUAAUAACAGAGUACUUUGAUGAGUCUUUAAUUCUUUUGAAGGAUGCCCUUUGCUGGAGUUUUGAUGAUGUCUUAUCUUUUCCUCUAAAUAGUAGAAAUAACACCAACCAAAAAUUUCUUUCUGAAGAGACUCAGGAGAAAAUUAAAAUGUGGAACCAGCUUGACUGGCAGCUGUAUGUUUAUUUUAACAAAACCUUCUGGGAAAAAGUAGACAAUUUUGGACAAGACAGGAUGCAGAGUGAGGUGCUGGAACUUCGAAAGAGGAGAACUGCACAAUCUGAAAUAUGUCUACAAGGUCAAGUAGACUCAAACAAAAUAGAAGACACAUUUCUGAAACCAUAUCAAUCUGGAUUGUCUAAAAUUCUUGGUUACAACCUAAAGCCAAGACUGAAAAAGGCAGAAAGGCUAUUAUGUCGCCAGCUGGUCACCCCAGAACUUCAGUAUACAGAACUAUUGUCUAAGAAGCAAAAUCAGGAUGCACCAAUGAAAGCAAUUAAGACUAAAUAUAAAUAG